GCACGCCUUCUUCCUGUUUCCUGCGGCCGGCCGCAGCUGAUGCAUCACAUCCAGGCCAUCAAUAGUCGGAUUCGCGAUGCAGUAGUCAGAGUCUGACUAUCAAUAAUGGAAGCCACCGGCACAUACCCACUGCCCGGUUCUCAACCCGUCCAGCCCCAGGUCGUAUCCGCAAUAUCAAUCCCCCCUCCCGCGAGACACGAUAUCAACGGCGUCCUACCUACCUACCCUACUCAACCCUUACCCUGUACGAGCAACGCGAACCCUUAGCCUUUCAUUUCCCAUCCAUCCAUUGAACGCAGUCCCCAGCGCCUCAUCC